AUGGGUAGCCCUGUUGUGAGCUACGAGCACGGCGAGUUCCAAUGGGCGCUGAGGCUGUUGUACGAGAAGACGGGGAACGCGAGCUAUUAUCAGUAUAUCAAGGCCGGUGUCGAUCGCGUCGUUGGCUCGGAUGGGAGCGUUGGAGGCGGGUACAAUGUCUCACAAUAUCAGCUUGACCCGCUGCGAGUGGGCCCGUCUUUCAUUUAUCUGUACAGCCAGACGGGAGAAGAAAAAUACAAAAAGGCAGCGGACGUCUUCCAUGGACAGCUAGCCACGCAUCCGCGAACUGCGCAAGGUCAAUUCUGGCACAAACUUAUCUACCCGAAUCAAGGCAUGUGCGAAAACUGCCUUCGCUGGCUCGACGGUAUCUACAUGGGAGAAGUAUUCUACGCCACGUACACUGCUGCAUUUCAACCAAAUAAUCAGACCGCGUGGAAUGAUAUAUUGCUCCAGUUCACCCUGAUGUACAACAACACGCUGCAAACGCUCGCGUCGACGGACUCGAACAGCACGUACACAGGCCUGCUCUACCACGGCUACGACUACUCGCACGUGCAGAAUUGGGCGUCGCCCGAUCGCGGACAUUCUCCCGAGAUCUGGGAUCGUGCGCUCGGGUGGUACAUGAUGGCGCUCGUCGACGUCAUCCCUCUUUUCCCGCUCUCGCACCCCGCGCGCCAGACGCUCGCAGCAAUCCUCGACACGCUCGUCGCACGGCUCGUUGCCGCGGCGCAGCGCGACGCGCCGGCGGCGGGCGUCUGGUGGCUCGUGAUGUCCAAGCCAGGCUUCGCGCGGAACUACUUCGAGUCGAGCGGCGGCGCAAUGUUCGUGUACGCCGUCCUGCGCGCGAUCCGCACUGGGCUCGUGGAGGACGCGGACGGGGGAAAGAUCAUGGCGAUGAAGAAGGCAUACGAGUACAUGACGGAGAACUGGGUAUUGCCGCAGCGGAAUGGGACGAUGAAUUGGAACAACACUGUCGUCGUUGGGAGCUUGCAGCCAGGGAAUGACUACGAUUACUAUGUCUCGCAGGCCAUUGAUAUCAAUGACCUCAAGGGAGCAGCAGCGUUUGUGCUCGCGAGUUUGGAGUAUGAGUUAUUGUAA